AUGUCUGCCAAUGGCGAACUGAGACUGAAGAGAAGGACAAGCCCCACGUCGGCGUUGGAGAGACCCAAGAAACAACUGAAGCCGGAAAAUGGAGUGCCUACCCCCGGAAACGCUACUCCUCAAAAUGGCUCUGUCUACGAUAUCGAGGCCGACUCGACCUCAGUCCCCAUCAUCAAUCCCGUUCCUGCCGCAGGCGAUUCACCGGAAUGGCAGGCUACUAUAGAGCGAGUCAUUAAGAGUGUGGUGUCCAUUCACUUCUGCCAGACGUGCUCUUUUGACACCGACUUGUCCCUUUCUUCCCAAGCUACGGGGUUCGUGGUUGACGCCGAAAAUGGCUACAUCAUGACCAAUCGCCAUGUCGUCUGUGCCGGUCCGUUUUGGGGUUAUUGCGUGUUUGACAACCAUGAAGAGUGCGACGUGAAACCUGUCUAUCGCGACCCUGUCCACGAUUUUGGCAUCCUGAAAUUCGAUCCUAAAGCUAUCAAGUAUAUGAAUGUCCAAGCACUCAAACUACAGCCGGAGUCGGCAAGAGUGGGCGUGGAAAUAAGGGUAGUCGGCAACGACGCUGGUGAGAAGCUCAGCAUUCUCUCGGGUGUUAUCAGUCGGCUCGAUCGCAAUGCUCCAGAGUAUGGGGAAGGCUAUAGUGACUUCAACACCAACUAUAUCCAAGCUGCUGCCGCCGCUACAGGCGGAAGCUCCGGCAGUCCCGUGGUCAAUUUAAAUGGACAUGCGGUUGCUUUACAGGCAGGCGGCCGUAUCGAUGGUGCCGCCACUGAUUACUUCCUACCGCUUGACCGUCCCUUACGUGCGCUUCAAUGCCUUCAACGAGGAGAGCCAAUCAACCGAGGGACGAUCCAAACCCAAUGGAUGCUGAAACCCUUUGACGACUGCCGAAGGUUAGGUUUGACACCUAACUGGGAAUCAGCAGUCCGAAAAGUCCAUCCGAAAGAGAACAGUAUGCUUGUCGCCGAGAUUGUACUACCUGAAGGACCUGCCGAUAACAAGAUCCAGGAAGGGGAUGUUUUGAUCAAGGUCAACGGGGAGUUAUUGACGUCCUUUGUCAAACUUGACGCUAUUCUUGACUCCAGCGUUGGUGGCAAGGUCGACCUCUUGUUUCAGCGCGGGGGCGAAGAUCAUGAAGUGACACUGGCGGUGGAAGAUCUUCAUGCAAUUACCCCAGACCGAUUUGUCACCGUGGCUGGCGGAAGCUUUCACAAUUUGUCCUAUCAGCAAGCUCGAUUAUACGCCAUCGCCUGUAAAGGGCUGUAUGUGUGUGAAGCUGCCGGCUCGUUCAAACUCGAUAGUGCUCUUUCUGGGUGGAUCAUUGACACAGUGGACCAGAAACCGACACCCGACCUUGACACCUUCAUUGAGGUUAUGAAAACCAUUCCUGACCGAUCUCGAAUCGUCAUUUCAUACCGACAUAUUAGGGAUCUUCAUACUCGGGCCACUACGAUCGUCCAUAUCGAUCGACAUUGGCAUCCAAAAAUGAGGUUGUCCGUGCGAAAUGAUGAGACAGGACUCUGGGAUUUCAAGGACCUUGGAAAGGCGCUGCCCUCAAUACCACAAGUGCCAAAGUCGGCAGAUUUCAUCCAGCUGGACGGCGUCAAUCUGCCUGCUGCUGCCGAAAUCAUUCGAUCCUUUCUUAAGAUCACAUGUUACAUGCCCGUUAAAAUUGAUGGGUACCCUCAAGCACGGAGAACGGGUUUUGGACUGGUGAUUGACGCCGAGAAAGGCCUGGUGGUGGUGUCCCGAGCCACAGUUCCAUACGACCUGUGUGACAUUACUGUGACGGUUGCCGAUUCGAUACAAAUCGAGGGGAAGGUUGUGUUCCUUCACCCGUUGACCAACUACACCGUGAUUCAAUACGAUCCCUCACUGGUACACGCACCGGUGCAAACUGCGAAGCUAUCUACCGAGAUGAUCAAGCAAGGCGCCGACACGAUCUUCGUGGGCUUCAACCAGAACCAUAGAGCCGUCGUUGCGAAAACGACGGUCACGGACAUUACAGCGGUCGGGAUACCUGCAAAUGCAGCGGCUCCCAGGUAUCGAGCGGUCAACCUCGACGCCAUUACCAUCGAUACGGGUUUAUCUUCUCAGUGUGCAUCUGGCGUACUGAUGAGCGCGGACGGCACAGUGCAAGCUCUGUGGCUCACCUACAUGGGGGAGAGAAGCCAAGGCAGUCAUCGAGACACGGAAUACCAUCUCGGCUUGGCUACGAGCAUGAUCAAGCCAGUCAUCGACCAGAUCCGAUCCGGCAUCAUACCCAAACUUCGGAUUCUAAAUAUGGAGUCCUAUGUGGUUCAGAUGUCGCAGUGUCGGAUCAUGGGGGUCUCAGAAGAAUGGAUCUCGAAAGUGGCCAAGGCCAAUCCAUCACGACAUCAGUUGUUCAUUGUCAGGAAAGUGGACUGUGGUCCAGCCAACGGACCUAAUGAUGGACAAUUACUACAAGAAGGCGACAUUAUCUUAACUCUCAAUGACCAACUCAUUACCCGGGUCAGUGAUUUCGAUAUCAUGUAUGACAAGGAAUGGCUCGAUGCGCUCGUCGUUCGGAAGGGCAAGGAGAUUCGCCUUCGCGUCCCGACUGUGCCUACAGAAGACUUGGAGACCUCACGGGCAGUCAUCUUCUGCGGAGCGGUCCUUCAAAAGCCACAUCACGCCGUCCGACAGCAGAUCAGCAAGCUUCAUUCGGAGAUCUACGUCAGUGCUAGGAGUCGCGGGUCGCCAGCCUAUCAAUAUGGGCUAGCACCUACCAAUUUUGUGACUCAUGUGAACGGAGUGAAGACCCCGGACCUGGAUGCAUUCGUCAAAGAAGUCAACAAGAUUGAUGACAACACGUACUUCCGGUUGAGGGCAAUGACAUUUGACAACGUGCCAUGGGUGGUGACGAUGAAAAAGAAUGAUCACUAUUUCCCAAUGUCAGAGUAUGUCAAAGACCCUACCAAGGCCAACGGGUGGAAAGUGAUCUCCUACGGUUCCCGAGGUCGCAAAACAAAGGGCGAAGACGGAGCGCCCUUGACAUCAGAUUCAAUGAGCGCGGAAGAUGACGGCUUGAGCGAGGGAGAAGAGGGCCCAGAUAGAGGCGAAUAUUAG